AUGCCGAAUUCAAAAAUCCUGUAUGAUCUCGGCCACGAUGACGACGGCGAGAAAUGGGCUGGCGGACGCCUCCAAAACGUGCUCAACGACACGCAAGCAGAAGGCGUCGUCGUGGUAGCACGCUGGUACGGCGGCCAGAACAUCGGCCCCAUCCGCUUCACGCACAUAGAAAACUGCGCCAAGGAAGCCAUCUGGAAAUGGAAAGUCGCGGCCACAGCCCUGGAGAAAGAGAGCGCGAGCAAGAAGCAAAGAACAGACGACGAGGCGAGGCGGAAAGAACUCAUCAAGAACCUGCAAGAGCGUGAUUUCAACAUCUUCACGCUGAGGAAGCUGUUGGCGGAGAAGAAGGCGAAGUUGGAGGAGCAGGAUGUGGCGCCGCCGACGCCGCAGAAGCCGCAGGUUUAUGAGAAGAUGAGCUUGGAGGCGUUGGGUAGGGUGGAUAAGGCGAGAGAUGCGACGAUUGCGUUUGUGCUCAAGCAGAUUGAUAAGGUGGAGGAGGAGUUGAGGCUAGUGGAGGCGCUGGAGGAGGGGACGCCGGGGGAGGGGGAAGAUGUGAAGGAGCUGCAGAUUCAAGGGAAGGGCAAGGAGCCUGCAGAGCCGUCGACGCCGAAGUGA